AUGGAUACAUAUAAUUUUUUAACUUUCGUGAGCGAAUACAAUGCAACAGAUAACAGUAAUCGUACAUCUUCCAUCUUCUCAAUAAAUCCGGAUUUCAUCUCGCAAUGGAAGCUGAAGCGCAAACAUGAAAAAAUAUGUGGACAGCUUUACUCACGACUGGAUUUGCUGAAGUAUCCUGAUUGUUUAAAUUUACUUGCCCGCUAUAUCAAUCUCAAAGGAAUAAGCAAGUCAGAUUUUCCAAGAGAGUUAUUAAAAUCUAUUGAACGGAACAGUAAAUCGACUGCUAAUGAGUUUAGGCCAGUUGUAUACAAUACAGGGGAUAGAACAAAAACAGGCAGCUUUACUGACAUUGGGUCUUGGCUUGCUUACGCAAACUACACCUUCUACGAUGACCGGUUGAACGGAUCCCUUACCACUUUUGGCAACGAAAGCUCUGUACCAUUUUCCAGUGAGAUUAACAAUUACACGUUGGUUUCAUAUGGAAUAGAAGAGAACAGUGAGAAUGUUUUGCAGGUGUUGCCACCAUUUGAGCUGUGGCAAACAGUAUUAAUCGCUAUUUGUCUGGCCAUAUGCAUCAUUCUUACAAUUGGUGGAAACAUAUUAGUACUACUAGCAUUUAUUGUUGACCGCAGUAUAAGACAACCGAGCAAUUAUUUUAUCGCUUCACUGGCAGCGACGGAUAUGCUUAUCGGAACUGUGUCGAUGCCUUUUUAUACUGUGUACGUUUUGAUGGGUUAUUGGGAUUUAGGUCCGUUGCUUUGUGAUCUAUGGCUUUCUGUGGACUACACCGUCUGUUUAGUAUCACAAUAUACGGUAUUAUUGAUCACUAUCGAUCGAUUCUGCUCGGUAAAAAUAGCAGCCAAGUACAGAAGUUGGAGAACCAAAAACAAAGUUAUCUGGAUGGUAACCAUCACUUGGAUAAUUCCUGCGCUAUUAUUUUUUAUUUCCAUAUUCGGUUGGGAACAUUUCGUAGGGUACCGAGAUUUGCAACCAGGUCAAUGUGCCGUGCAGUUUUUGAAAGAUCCAGUAUUCAAUACGGCACUUAUCAUUGGCUACUACUGGACAACCUUGGUUGUACUGUUCGUAUUAUAUGGAGGAAUUUACAAGACAGCUUAUGACAUGCAAAAGAAAAGUGAAGCCAAACAGCGAAAGAUGCAAUCCAUGGUUGCACUUAGCAGUGCGAUGACAGGGAUGGCUAGCCGAGCCGCAGGUAUUGGUAUAUCCAAGACACAAAGCACUUUGCUCUGUGUCGAUAAACCAAUUACAACUACUUUACCGAUGAUCUCCAAAAUAGAAAGCACACCAACUGGCUUGCUACAGGCCGAAGAAAAAGCAAAUAAAAAAAAUAGUAAUAACAAAGAUUCGAUUGAAAUGUCGGCCAACAACGGCAUGGCUUCAUUGCAAACUUCGAAUUUCGAGGUGAAAUCGUGUGAGAUGGAUAACGCAGUUGCCAACAGUACCUGUUCGACGACGGCAGUGUCUAAGAUCAAAACAGAUAAAGCAGAGGGAGACAAGAGUGAGCGUUCCAGCAGUCCGGCUUUUGACUCCGAUGAUGAUAAUCCCGAUGCCGUUGUGCAAGAUCGUCAAAAAUAUGAUAAAAUUGUUAACAAGCGUUCUUCGGUAGCUGGAUUGUUAGUUGGAGCUGCUUCAGCUACUGUCUUAUCUUCACGUUAUAAGGAGACACCCAUUCCGAAUAAAACUAGCGAAAAGCCUUCUUCGUCAAUCACAAGCACAAAUGAAGCGUCAUCUUUUACCUUCAAACAGCUGCCUACAUGUUCUUUGAUGUUGGAACCGAAAAUAUUGUCGAAAAUUACCGAACUCAGCAGCACAGUCAGUUCUGAUGGCUCAUCCGACAGAGACAUGCAAAUACAGACGAGCUUAGUAGAAAAUUUACAGCCUUCAUGUACAGCAACUAUAGAGCCUCCAUUAGUCACUACCGGCUCCAAUGGUUCUAAAGGAUUGCAUAAAAUAAUGGAAGACUUAACCAGCACAAUUUUCACUCCCCCUCAUGGAUUUCAAACACCUCCGCUGUCUGGCACUCCAUCAGAUAUUGAUCGACCACAUAGUAUUAUCAGUAUAGCGGAUUCAACAACAACCUUGGAUCCUGUCAUUAGUAUGGAUGGCGCAGAUAUACGCUUUAUGGAUGAGAGUUCUGUCAUGCUACCAUCUCCUCAAUACGAAAGUCCACAUUCAGGAUUUUCGGUAGCACCAUAUCAACACGUCACUGAGCAACAUCAGCAGCAGCUACAAUUUUCAAAUAUCGCUGGACCGUUACUAUGCCAGUGUGGUAGCGGACAGAACAUUGCAAAUCCUUCACUUUUACAACAGGCGCUAAAAAGAGCGACGGCACAAUCACAGCAGCCACCUCCAACCGUCCUCAUGCGUUCAUCUUACUUUAGUAUGGGACCACCAUCACCUGAAUCAGCGGUUCAAUCAUUUUUAAAUUCAGAAAGUAACAAAUAUCAUACUACUGUUACCGUAAGUGCACAGAACUCCAUGAAGCCUUUGACGGUUCUAAAUAGUAUCAAUUCACGUCUCGAUGAAUCGCGCACUGGCAGCAGUGUAGAUCCUGCCGAGCAUAUUCAACUCGAAAGCGUUAAGGAUAAAGUUGGUGCAACGGGGUUAUUCGAACAAACAUACUCCGCUGUUCUUGUGUGCCGCAAUGGCAAUGAAAACUCCGAAGAGCCAACUACAGCUAAUUUACUGGAACAGACAAGCAUAAAUAUGCGUAAUACCCCCACUACAUCAGGUGGUGUCAGUUCCGGUAAACCAAUUUCUAUAAAUCCGUCGACGUGCAUUGAACGGGAAUCUUCUAGUAAAAGAGAUUUUAUUCAGUCAAUCGGAAAGCGGCUAAAAGCCGGCAAUAAAAAAAUAUCUGCUGAUGGACCAUUGGGUGGAAUGUGCCGUCAAAAAUCGAAGUCAGAAAACCGUGCCAGGAAAGCCUUUAGAACAAUUUCUUUUAUAUUGGGCGCAUUUGUAGCUUGCUGGACGCCUUACCAUGUGUUAGCAUUGGUAGUUGGAUUUUGUUCAACACCACCCUGCGUUAACGAACAUUUGUUCAUGUUUUCGUACUUUCUGUGUUAUGCUAAUAGUCCGAUGAAUCCAUUCUGUUAUGCAUUAGCAAACCAACAGUUUAAAAAAACCUUUACACGUAUAUUAAGAGGUGACUUACACAUGACCUAA